AUGAGCCACUUAUUUCCUCUUAAUCUUUACAUUUACAUCCCAAGUACUCUCUCAUUUGGCAUUUUGAUUUUAUUAUUGAAUUUUUUAUUUCGGAAAUUACAAGAGAAAUACAAAGGAAAAUUUAAUUCCUAUUUAUUUAGAACUCAUUCUAGUGAUUUAGAUUGCAGAGAAUUAGCUUUUUCAACCACAAAUUAUAUUCAUGCAGUGAUUAGUGGCUUAUGGGGAUUGUAUCUAUUUUAUUAUAAAUUUCUAAAUUCGGAAGGAGUUAACAAAACGAAUCAUUCACUCAUGUCUAUUGUGAAAGAACCAAAUCAUUUCUUUUUUUCAUAUAACGACUCUAUUUCUAAUUUAAUGUCAUUCACAUUGGGGUAUUUGACAGUAGAUUUAUUUUGCUAUUUAUUUCUUGUUGUGUUAGGAGAAAGCAAUCUCAUGAAUGCCAUCUUUCAUUUUGUUAUUGUCAUUGCAUUUAGUUUAUAUUUUGUGAAUGGAACAGGAGCAAUUCCUGCACUAUUUGGCGAGAUUUCAGAAAUUGCUUCCAUUUGGAUCGGUCAGGAAGAAUUGAUGGAAAAUUUACUGCAUGACUAUUCCAAAAAAUUAUAUUUUGUCAUUCACUCGUUGGUGAACACUUUGAGUUUUUUAAUCACUCGAACAUUAAUGAGUGUGUAUUUAGGUUUUCAAUUGUUUUCAAACAUGUCAGAUCUUGUGGAAUUGAGAAAUGUACAAUCUACAACCACUUGUGUGAUUGUGUAUUGUCAAUGCGUUCUAUUAGUGUUGGUGAUUGUCAUGAAUUUUUAUUUCACUGUCGAUUGUUUGAGGUAUUCCUUAAAUCCAAUCAAGAAAUAUUUGAAUAAGGAAAAAGAGAGUUAA